AGAGUGAGACAGGUUUACUGCACACCUUUAAUGAUGUCACGUCUCUUUCACACAGCUUUCACUCCUCACUGCAGGGGAACAGGAAGCUGAGGAGAUUCUGUUCACCAAACACAAGGAAAUGAAUCUGAUCGGAAGCUACCAUCAUCUUCAUCCUCGUCCUCAUCAUCAUCACGGUUUUGCGCACGAGACUACUGUACCGUUCGCGGCGCGCUGUCACGAGGACGCGCAUCAUCCUCAUCCUCAUCCUCCUCACCGCAGGCCCGGGGCUCGCGCAGGACAAACCCGGCACCUUGAUCCGCACGCGCGCGCUCCCGCUCCCGCUCGGCGCCGUCACCGGGUCGCGGUGUGUCCUCGGGAGCGCGCGCGCAGCAGCAGAAGGCCGCGGGCGGAGCGGCGGCGCAGCGCGAGCAUGAACAAGGCGUUUGCGGAGCUGCGCGAGCUCAUCCCGCACGUUCCCGCAGACACCAAACUGUCCAAAAUGAAAACCCUGAGACUGGCCGCCGGGUACAUCGCUCACCUGACCGACAUCCUGCACGCGCACACCGGAGCCCCGGGGGCACGAGACACGGACUCUGUAAUCCAGCACACUGAUGGAGAUGGAACAGGAAGUCGGUCUUCUUCGACGGAGUUGGAAGCUCAAGUGACAUCAGCAGCUCCGUGUUUACCAAACCAGGCCCCUCCCCUUCUGACUCCGCCCACUUUUACAGUGAUUGGUCAGUAGUGUUGUGGGCGGAGCUUGGCUCUGGACUGUGAUGGAGCUGAACUAUUCUCAUUUCUCACAGAUUUAACACUGAAUUCAAAUAAAUAAAAAUAUAUAGAUUUGUUUUGA